CCAAUAGACUUAAUAGAAAUAUUUUUUAUUCAAAUAAACUUUUCAAUCGCUCAAAGAGAUAAUCAACACUCAGAAAAUCAUAAUGGCACGAACUAAGCAGACCGCGCGAAAAUCAACAGGCGGCAAAGCGCCAAGAAAGCAAUUAGCCACAAAAGCGGCUAGAAAAAGCGCCCCAGCCACGGGUGGGGUCAAAAAACCACACAGAUACCGCCCAGGGACCGUAGCGUUACGAGAAAUCCGAAGAUAUCAAAAGAGCACAGAACUACUCAUCAGGAAAUUACCAUUCCAAAGACUAGUUCGUGAAAUAGCGCAAGAUUUCAAAACGGAUUUGAGGUUCCAAAGUUCAGCUGUCAUGGCGUUGCAAGAGGCCAGCGAAGCGUAUUUGGUUGGACUAUUUGAGGACACUAACCUCUGUGCUAUACAUGCUAAGCGGGUGACCAUCAUGCCGAAAGAUAUACAGCUGGCUAGAAGAGUGCGCGGUGAACGGGCGUGAUUUAGUUUUACAGUGAAAAAAAAAGAUUCCGACGAAUUGAGGACCUCCUCGUUUUUUGAAAUCGGUUAAAAAUUAAAAGGAUAGUGGUAUUUUAUUAUAUGAAUAUAUGAAUUAAUCAUUUGUGUAUUAUAUGUCUCUUUAUUCGGUUAGGACAAAGCCCUUUUCAGGGCUGCAA